GCUACACCGAUAGGCUACUUCCAUGUGUUUCUCUCUGGCAUUGUGGCUGCACGAAUGUUCAUUCUCCUCUGCUUGGAGGACAAAGACACAGGAGGCCCGCCUUCGGACGAAACUGUAGACCUGGUGGUAUCCGGUGAGCGAGCGCCUCUCAUAUUGCGGUAUGGUUGCAUUGUUG